UGUGUUUCAUGUCCUGUGUCCUUAUACUGGUAAGGAAUUAUCGUUGUGACCUCCUUGUUAUUUAUUAGUGUUCUAUGUCUUGAUUUGCAAACCUCAUGUGUGUGUAUUUCCUUGUGUUCCUGGUUAAGUCUCUUGUUUUUCCUGUUUUAUUUUGUAGUUCUUGCCCCGUGUGUCUGGUCUAGUUUUACUUCCUGCCUUGUGUUUCCCUUGAUUGCAGCCUCAUUAGUUUCACCUGUGUCUCGUUGUCACACCUGUGUCUGUCUGUUGCUCGUUACCUCCUGUGUAUUUAGUCCCUGUGUUUCCUCCAUUGUUUUGUCAGUUCAUUGCAAGUCGUACCUGCAGUGUGUUUUCCCCUGCUUUUAUAUGUAAGCUCAUCUUUUGGUUGUACGUUGGACUUUGUUGAAAACAAGAUACAGUUAAUGGGACACACCACUCCAAGAGGGACAUCUAGUGCAAACCCAAGUGUUACAUUUGCUUUGGUCUGAGAAGCACUUGGGUCAGCACGCAUUGUUUCAAAUGUACUUUAAGACAUCCCAUUGCCCGAAGAAGUUGCCACCAGGAUGACUUAUUGCUAAUUUGGAAUCACCCACAAAUCUCCGCGCAUUUAUUGGAUAACAACAUAGACGCACAAGUGAGACUCUUGGAUUAAGCGUCCCUGUUUCGCACGACCAGCCUUCCCGCUGAGCCUCACCGUGCCUCAUUCGGACGCUUUACCGGCGGAUGGGGUUUUGGGUAAGAUCCAUGUGGCCACCCCCCUGGAGGAGGCGUGUAGUUGCUCCAUGCAACCGCUGGGUUUGUAACUUGACACCUGGACGUGCGGUGCAUUUGCCAUCGCUUUACCCACAGAAAGCCCAUUUAAAAAGGAAAGGGAUGAGUCGAGCGCUCCUGACUCCGUAACCCCCCUUCAAAAAGGAACCUCAGCUUUCUGCCCGGGCUGCGCGUCCCUCACUCUGGAUCGGCAUAAAUGAAUGAAACACAGGGGAAUAUCGACAGACAAUCGCACAGGAAAACUCUCUGUGAAAGCAGCAGCCUGCCAGGAGGAAUUUAUGUCGGGCUUGACAGGCAAAUCAACAUGAGUUUUCCCCUCUGGAACUUCAUCUCAAGCUUGUCAAAUGUGUAAAACGGCGGCCGGUGUCGUCUGCCCCCCUUGCAAAGGAGUCACGCUGUGAUUAACGGUCAGGUUUUUGACUGCCAGGACAAAUGAAUACAAAUGAAUUUAGGCACCCGAAGGAGAGAUUGCAGAACCUCUCAUCUAGACACAAAGAGAGCCCUAUUGCUCUGUACAGUUUUAUAUUGUACGUGUUACCUGGGACUUACACAAGUACACCCUGAAGAUGUGGACAUCCUCCAAAAGUUGGGGCUCAAGGGAGAGAAGCCGUCACGCUCGGUGCCAGCAGGGGUCAUUCCAUUCAGAUCGGGGAUCAUCCUCAACCAGCGGGCGCACGUUGAAUCUCCAUUGCGCUCAAUCUUCCCAGUGGCCAUCUGGUCCAAUCUGGCACUGGUCCUGAGCGUGCGCUCACACCGUGUCAACAGUGCUUUCCUCUUCACCCUGCUUUCAGGCCGCAAGAAGCUCCUUCUCGGUCUGCAGCUUGCUCCGGGCAAUCUGGUCCUUCACACUGGACCUAACACUUCGGUGGCACUGCCCUACGAGCCCCAUGAUGGUCAGUGGCAUCAGCUGGCGGUGGGAAUUAAUGGACAGAGAGUGACUCUAUAUGCCUCCUGCGGAGAGCAGAGUGUUCAUGCAGACUUUGGGUGGGACAGUGAGGAGGGACUUGCCCCAGAGCUCCAGGGCUCCUUCCUGCUGGGGCGGUCAAGCCAGCAGCAAGCCUCGGCACACUUUGAAGGAGCCAUCUGCCAGUUUGACCUGGUCCCUUCUGCACAGGCAGCUCACAACUACUGCAGGUACAUUAAGAAACAGUGCAGGGAAGCCGACACGUACAGGCCUAACCUUCCUCCCCUGUUGCCUAUCCUACCAAGAGAAAAAAACGUCACUGCCACCGUCGCUACACCUAAACGUGGUGGUUUGGUAACAGCCAGAAAAACCACAGGGUUUAGCCUUGCCAGGAGUGUUGCUGCUGCUGCCUCCGCUGUAAGAUAUGUGGCCCCCACUCAAACAAUAAAGCCUAGUUCUGGGACCCUUCCUACACCUCUGCUUGCAACUGUAAUGCCAGUCACAGUCCAGCUUGGUUUGGCAUCCCCACCACCCAAUGCAAGGACUGAAACUGUCACAGCACCACUCAGGACAAGAGUAUCCCCAACUAAACCACCAACCCCCAAACCUUCCACCUCUAAAGCUUCAAAUCAGAAAACCCCCAAACCCUCGCCCUCAAAGCCCACUUCUAAUAACACCGCCAAAAAGACAAUCACAGACAAUAAGAAGAAACCCUUCAUUCCAGCCACAACCAACACCAAGCCCUCUAAGACGAAGCCUGAUGCUACCUUAUCAGACCAAGGUGCCAUCCCAAAGAAACCACAACCCACCACAACCAAGAAAACACCCCCCAAGUUGAAAAUUACACCUUCCAAAGCCACUCCGUCUAAGCCGAAAGUAAACCCUGUCAAAGUUGUCCCUUCUAAACCACCAAUACCCAAGGCCAACCCUUCAAAACCAGCCGUCUCUAAAACUACAACCACGAAACCCACUAAGCCAUUCUCCAAACAGGUCAUCAAACCAACAAAGCAAUCCCCAACUACCAAGUCUCCAGUCACCCAAAGACCAACCAGAUCUUCUUACAACCCAGUAACACCACCUGCCACUGAUGGAUUCCUGAGCUGGGAGGUGCCACCAACCCAAUUCUCCCUCCUGGAAGGACCAUUUGGAGAGAAAGGAGAAAUAGGACUACCGGGACUGCCAGGACCUCCAGGGAAGCCGGGCCUGCCAGGCAAAAGGGGUCCUCGGGGCGCCGCAGGUCCCCAUGGAAACCCUGGCCGACCUGGUCCACCCGGGCUCAAGGGGAGAAAAGGAGACCCUGGCCUCUCACCUGGGCCGGCACCUAAAGGAGAGAAGGGAGACUCAGGGAUUUUUGGCCCGGUUGGACUGACUGGACAAGAAGGGAGGAAGGGGCAGAAAGGUUACCCUGGUCCACCUGGACUCCCUGGAGAGUCUGGAGAGCAUGGUCCAGUCGGAAGCCCAGGUGCCAAAGGUUAUCCUGGCAGGCAGGGUUUACCAGGGCCUAUAGGACCAGUGGGGCCUAAAGGCGUUCGGGGUUUCAUUGGAAUCCCGGGGCUUUUUGGCCUUCCUGGGCCUGAUGGCGAAAGAGGUAUUUCUGGCGAACCAGGGAAGAGGGGCAAGAUGGGUAGGCCGGGGUUUCCAGGGGACUUUGGGGAGAGAGGACCACCUGGACCAGAUGGGGAGCCAGGUGAGAUGGGAGCCCCCGGUCCAAACGGAGUUCUUGGACUUAUUGGUGAUAUGGGACCUGUGGGAGAGAUGGGCCUUCCAGGACCUAAUGGACUGAAGGGGGUGCCCGGAAAUCCAGGAGAACCAGGACUGAAAGGUGAUAAGGGUGAACUUGGGAUUCCUGGAGAACAAGGGGAGAUUGGGUACGGAGGAGACAAGGGUAUCCAGGGGGCUCCAGGUUUACCAGGCAUCCGCGGAAAACCGGGACCACAGGGUAAGCUAGGAGAGAGAGGCCCUGACGGUACACCUGGACCCCCAGGUCCUGAGGGUUUCCCUGGUGACAUGGGACCACCGGGAGAAAACGGCUUAGAAGGACUAAAGGGAAAGCCAGGAGCCAGAGGUUUACCGGGACCACGAGGGGUGCCUGGCUUGGAGGGUGAUGAGGGCCCGAUCGGACCACCAGGACCAACAGGACUGGAGGGCAGAAUGGGUCGCAAAGGAUUUCCCGGGAAAGUUGGGCCAGAGGGACUUAAGGGAGAGUCUGGUAUCACAGGAACAGUUGGAACGCUGGGAGAAAGAGGUUUGGUGGGUUUCAUCGGACCUGUGGGAGAGGCAGGACUGGCAGGAGAGAAGGGUGAUCGAGGGGAGAUGGGCAUUCCUGGACCACCUGGAGAAAAGGGAUCAACGGGUCACCCAGGGACACCAGGUGAAACUGGGCCUACAGGACCACCAGGAAGACCAGGCUCUCCUGGAGCGGCCGGGCCUGCUGGUACCAGAGGACCUAAAGGCCUACGGGGGGCGAUCGGGCCUGACGGUCCAACCGGGGAGAUGGGGUUGAAGGGCAAGGCGGGAUUUGAUGGUCCUCCAGGAAAAUUAGGUUUCCCUGGACCACAGGGGAAGAUCGGAGAGUCGGGAGAAACUGGACCCAAAGGUUUUUCUGGUAUCCAAGGGCCUUCAGGACCUCCAGGGGACAAGGGAAUACCAGGCGAGCCGGGACCACCAGGGCCGCCAGGGACGGUUGGACUGUUGGGAGAGAUUGGUCAUAAGGGUCCUCCAGGCAAGGUGGGAGAACCAGGACUGCCAGGCGAGCCAGGCGAGAAGGGAGCCAUUGGAGCUGUUGGGAACAUCGGAGAGCAGGGACUGAUUGGGCCACGGGGAGAGCCAGGCCUGGAAGGAGAAGCUGGUGCAGCUGGUCCAGAUGGAGCCAAGGGUGACAAAGGCGACAUGGGUCAGGAGGGCGACCAAGGGGAAAAAGGUGAAACUGGGCUAAAGGGAAAGGAGGGUAUGCCUGGAAGUCCUGGCCUCACUGGCGUCAGAGGUCCAGAAGGGAAACCUGGCAAAAUUGGGGAAAGAGGCAAAUUGGGCUCAAAGGGUGCCAAAGGUCAUAUAGGACACCUCGGGGAGACUGGGACUGUGGGGAAGAUUGGACCACCAGGAUUUGAUGGGCAGAAGGGAUCCAGAGGAACUAUCGGACACGUGGGAGCUCCUGGUCGGAUGGGUCAACAAGGGGAAACUGGUCUUGCAGGUUAUGAGGGCCAUCAGGGACCACAGGGCCCCAUGGGGUCUUCAGGACCAAAAGGUGAAAAGGGCGAGCAGGGAGAUGAUGGGAAAGUAGAGGGUCCUCCUGGUCCUCAAGGUGACAUCGGUCCUGUUGGUGACAGGGGGGAGAGAGGGGAAUCAGGAGAUCCAGGAUACAUAGGUCAAAUUGGCGUGGAUGGAGCGAGAGGCAGGCCUGGAGCCCCUGGACUACCUGGACAGACUGGACCUCGAGGGCAACAAGGACCCAAAGGAACCAAGGGAGACCAGGGUCAAAAAGGCAAAAAAGGUCUGUCAGGACAAAAAGGAACCCGAGGAACAGAGGGUGGUGGUGGUCCACCUGGUCCCAAAGGUGUGGUGGGUCGAGAGGGACAGGAGGGUGUUCCUGGGCAGGAUGGAACUCCAGGAAAGGAUGGCAGUAAAGGAAUGCCGGGAGAGCACGGUGACGACGGGGAGUUUGGUCAAUCUGGCAAAUCUGGCUCACGGGGUAAAACUGGCGUGACAGGGCUCCCAGGAGAUCAGGGGGGCUUUGGACCAAAGGGUGAGCAGGGUCUCCGCGGCCAGAGUGGACCUCCAGGGAAAAGAGGCUUCAGAGGUGGGAUGGGACUGCCAGGGCUACAGGGAGACCAAGGACCUAAAGGACAAACUGGUGAUCCAGGAGGACCUGGGUUUCCAGGGAUUCUGGGAGAUUUUGGACCAAGGGGACCCCCUGGAGACUUUGGGCCAAAGGGCAUACAGGGACCAAAAGGGCCACAGGGAGGGAUGGGCAGGGGAGGAGUUGCUGGUCCUGUAGGAAUCAUUGGUCCUAAUGGCAGUGCUGGUCCCAGAGGGGAGAAGGGAAACCGUGGAGAGACCGGAUUGCAAGGCCCAAAGGGAUCUCCUGGACCUCGUGGACCCCCAGGACUUCCAGGUCCCCCAAGUGUCCCUCUAUCAUUUAGAGAAGAUGGUGUAUUGUUCAUGGACUCACACACCCCUCUCAGGACUGAGUCUCUGAAUAAGCCAGUGAUGGACCUGCCGAUGCUGGACCAGGGCGCAGAGAUUUUUAAGACCCUCCACUACCUCAGUAACCUGAUCCAGAGCCUGAAGAACCCACUGGGCACCCGGGACAACCCCGCCCGCAUUUGCAGGGACCUGCACAGCUGUGAACAGAAGUUGAACGAUGGCACUUAUUGGAUUGACCCUAACCUGGGCUGCUCGUCGGAUAAAAUUGAGGUCUCCUGCAACUUCACUGGAGGGGGGCAGACCUGCCUUAAACCAGUAACAGCAUCCAAGCCAACGAUGAGCGUCGGACGUGUCCAGAUGAACUUCCUGCACCUGCUGAGCUCAGAGGCAGUGCAGCACGUCAUCAUCCACUGCCUGAACGUCUCAGUGUGGAGGACGGCUGAAGAUGAGCCGGAUGCCCAGUCUGUGAAAUUCAAGGCCUGGAGCGGGGAGGUGUUCGAAGUGGGAGGAGAGCUCGAGCCUGAGGUCAUAGAGGACUCCUGCUGGGUAAAAGAUGGCCGCUGGCAUCAGACCCAUUUUGUAUUCCACUCCCUGGACCCCACCCUGCUCCCUGUGGUCGACAUCUAUAACCUCCCCAAUAGUACCCCUGGCUCACAUUACCACCUAGAAGUAGGCCAAGUAUGCUUCCUGUGAGUUUUAAGUACAAAUCCUUGAACAAGAAGGAUGGAUCAUGACCCCUGCAGGUGGUUGUGCAGGUGUGGGGAUCAGACCCGCCUCCCCUAAUCCAUGACAAAACAAGUGAGUACAAGCCUCCCUCCAAACAGAUCCUGCGACACUCUGCCAAACUCCCAUUGGACUGCAGACAGAGGGAGCAGGCACAGGGAGGUGAGGGGGAGGAGGAAAGAAGAGCUUUGGAGGAGCAGGGGAGUUCUUGCACUAAUAGCUUCUUCACACGGUAAAAGCUUCUUCAAGCUCCUCAAGAAGGAUCUCCACAUGUACAUCCGCUUGAAGAAAAAAGGCUCUUUGCCACACAGUCUCUCUGGGACAUUUAUAAGUGAAGGGAGACCAAUCAGCGGACAUUGACGUAACUUAUUUUUCUAACUGUAUACAGUCUGUAUACUGUGUGUAGUUUCUGUGGAAAUACCAGGAACUUAAUUCUGUUAAACAAUAAGAAAUAAAGUAAUUGGGAUCAGUUAAAUGUACAUAUAUAUGUAUACUUAUUAUUAUUUCUAACUUUUAUACAUGUAUAUCUUAUGUAAAAAGAAAUAAUCUUCAAGUGCAAUAGAAAAUGAGAAGAUAAUUUGAUAUUUUAAACUUAUAUGGAAGGAUUUUUCAGUGGUGUUACCGUUUUAAUUGCCCUGUUUUUGGUGCUCAUCUCAUUGUGAUCCUGCCAGGUGAAUUAAUCCUAAGGCGGACUCUUUAAAAUAAAAAAAAGAACAUCUGUAUUUACUGGUGCUCCAAAUGGGGAAUCGUGGCAUUCAGUUCCACCCUAAUGUGGGAAAAGCAGGGACAAACUGUUAGUAAUGACAUCUAAAGACAAAGCUGAUGCAAACGAGCCGUCCAAGUGGACACUCAAAUUGUUAUAUACUUACUGCUUUACUUAUUAUUAUACGUUAUUGAAUAGAUGCCACUGAUAAUUAGGAGGAGUACCUACAGUUUUGGAGUAAAAACCUUAUGGAGCUCUAGUUCUCAGUAGUGUUUUAUUCAUUUCUCUACAACUGUGGAGUAGGAAAUCAGGCAUAUUCCUUGCUUCUAUAUUAAUAAAUAGAGAUAGGAGGGUAUUAUUUACUCACCGCUAAAUGGGACCAGGAGUCUCUGUUUUUUUUCACCCUGACAGUUACAGGUACAGCAGGUACAGGUAUUCCUUAGAGGAGAACUGAGCCACAGGAGAGAGGAGAAAGGGUGCAGGAAUCAGAAUAAAACUCCCAACUUCUGUCUCAUCCUCUCUCUAAUGCAUGGUGCUAAGUAAAUUAUUCAAGGUGCUAACCAUAGUGCUGUAAUUACACCACUUUGCUGAAAUAUUCUUGUGUUUAUAGUGCAUGCUAGCCUAGAUAAGAUUCUAAAGUUCAUAUAACAUUUUGCCAUAGCUUUCAAAAUGCACUACAAUGCUAAUAAUACCCCAUCUAGAACUACAACCGUUAUAGUACCAGCUUUUGUUAAUGCUGCAUUUCUAAAAGAGGUUGGUCACAAUUCUUAUAUUUCAAGAAAUAGCUAUAAACAUUUUAAAAAGAUUCCUUCUUUUGAGUUUAAAUCACAGGAUUUAUAGCUUAUUUUCCUCUAAUAAUAAAAGUGUAUUUUUCUCUGUACAAAGCCCCCUACAGCUGUAUGUAAUAUUUGUUAGAAACACAAAUAGUGGAGAUAGUUUUGAUUUAAUAAAAAGUUUCUUUAUUGUAGCUGGACACAAGUGUGUAUAAUUCUGCAAACCUUGCUGUAUACAGUGGAUCCCCUCUCUCUUAUUUAAUAUUAUUUAAUGUUUGUAACGUGGUUGCUGACUGAGCAAUUUUUUGUUGGUUGAAGCAAUAUUACUCUUUCUGACAUCUUUAUAUAUCAGUUUGCCCAACUGGUCUUGGAGUUUAUAGAUUUUUUAUGUGUAAAUUUGGGGCUCCGGAGAACAAAUUUAUUGCAAUGUUAAUUAUCUUUUAUUUUUUUAAUUUUUGUUAUUUCUGUUGUUUUUUUCCUCUAUGAUAACCAACCAUGUACUGUAUCAGGAUUCUGUGUUAUACUAUAACUUGUGUUUCAAAGAAUUAUGAAAGUAUGUGAAAACUGUUUCUGUCUUUUUGUUGCAGACAGUAAAAUGAGCUAAGAAUACCUCACAUUUUUACACAAGUUUAUCAUUAAAGCCUGUUUGGAAACAUCAGCCAAAUACAGUCAAGUCAUCGAACUCUGAAUAAGACUAUUUCUGGUGCAAGCAUUCUUUAUCUGUAGACUGUUUCUACAUUGUUCAAUGUCAAAUUUGUUCAAUAAAUACUUUCAAUUUU